AUCACGCGUUCAAUCUUUAUCGUCCCACCAUCUUCACUACAGAGCACACCCCACAUCGCUACACACCCUCUAGUCAGUAAUAUCACACGUACAAUCUUUAUCGUCCUAUCAUCUUCACUACAGAGCACGCACCCCACAUCGCUACACAAUCUCUAUAUAGUCAGUAAUAUCACACGUACAGAUACACACAAUCUUCAUUAUACCUGUACUGAAAUCUCGUAUGUUUCAGUAUUUUCUCACAGCAGCAACUCAGUAAAAAUAAAUAAAUAACAAAUUCCUGGAGUUUCAGCUGGAGACUAUUCAAGGUGACUUCUCAGACUCUUUCAGGCGUGGUGGAAUAGCGACAAGCAAGUUAUCCACCGUCCUAGCGUCCUCCCUGAACGAUACAAAGGGGGAUUCCACAGACCAUCAACAGAACAAGUACCAUACUGAAGGCGACGCUGCCCUUCACACGCGUUCUUCUUCCCACAGAGCCAGGAAGUAACAGUAGAGUACGGUACCCCCCCCCCCACCCAUCCGUCGUCACAGAACCAUGCAGCGCCCGGAGGAGGAUGCCCGGCAGGAGGGUAUUCGUCUCCUCGAGGUCCACGUGAAGCUUCUGCGGGAGGCCCGGGCGGCGUUGUACUCUCAGAAUCUUGGGGCCAAAAAUAAGCUCCUGGAAGAGAUCGAGAAGGUGGAGAAGAAAAUCGAGGUGUGGCGUAAGAGGUAUGAAGACUUGUACCUGCAGGGCAACGAUCUGUGGAGCCUGGUGGAGGAGGAAGACGACCUGGAACGGAAAAGGAAAAUGGACCAGAAAAUGAAGGAGGAGGGGGAGGAUAGAAUAAGAGAAGAAAAUCCUUCAAAGAAACUGGAGGAAAUUAAGAAACGUAAUCUUGAGAAAAAACAUGAAAUAGAGGCGGUGAAGGAAAAGGCAACAGAAAGUGAAAAGCAGAGAGCAAUGUCAGGUGAGCCGCUUACACCUGCUGCAACGCUUGUAAAGGAUAUCGGAGGAGAAAAGAGAGAACAAAUAAUAAACCAGGAAGACUCACUGCUUGUAAAGGAAGACAAGGAGGUAAAGGAGGCGUUAGGACCGCACGAGAGCGAGGGAAAAGACCGUAAGAGGCAACAUGAAGAGGAGAUGGAGGACGGCGAACAGGAAAGUGUCAAGCGAAGGAAGGCUGGAGGCGCCGACACGCCGGUGGCCAGGCAGUCGAAGAGCUACCGAGUGCUGGUGCAGAACAUUUCCCCCUCCGUGCAGUACACGGAGCUGCGGACCUACUUCAGCACGUUCGGCGCCGUCAGCAAGGUGUACCUGAGGAGCGGAACCGGGAGCGGAUACGUCAUCUAUGAGAGCGAGGCCGUCGUGGACCUCGUGUGUAGCCUCCAACACCGCCUGGGCGAGCAGGACGUGAGGGUCAUGAAGGACACCGUGCGGCACAACCCUCCCGCCGGCCCGGAGCCCGCCAGCCCGGAAAACGCCGUGUUCGUGUUCGGGGUCACGCCGGGCACGGACGCUCAGGCGCUGAGCUCGGCUCUCGCCUCCUUCGGGCCCGUGGCAAAGGUGUCGCGGCCCGUCGGGAAGAGCUACGCCUUUGUGAAGUUUGAGAAGGAGAGCAGCAUGGAGGCUGCGAUAAAGGCACGGAAAGUCCCUCUCAACGGCGGCACGCUGGUGAUUCGCCCAAUGAAGGUCUCUUCAGAGGAAGGAAAAACGAACCGCGAGGACGGGGCGGCCAAGGAGGCAGCCGUGGUCACGUCGGCCAAGCCCAAAAAAGGCCACCAAGUGUUUCUGUGCGGCCUCACCAUUCCCAUGGACCUGCAUGGGUUCCAGAUGGGCCUGGCACAGUUCGGCCGCGUGGUGGACGCCUAUAUGCCAGAGGACAAGAACUAUGCCUUCGUGGGCUUCGACACGGAGGAGGCCCAGCAGGCGGCCAUCAAGGCGGGAGCCGUCAGCCUGCCCGGCGGACGAGCCAUCAUCAGGGCGACGACGCGGCGGUGAAAAUGUGGCGGCGUUGCACGGGCCCGGCCACGCCCAUCACAGGGCAGGCUGGUGAUGUGCCGCGUUAGCAGGCAGUGUGGCUCGGGGCUCUUGUGUUUAGGUCCGCGUGUACUUACAAAGGACUCAUCAUGUGCAUUUUCCGUUUUGUAACUUCCUUUUUAGGUGAUGAGACUAAUUCUUCUUUUAACCUGUAAAUUUGCACACACACACACACACACACACACACACACACACACAGGAGUUAUGGAUAUCUCUGCAUGUGCCGCAGCGAUGAGAGGCACGCGGUGCAAGCAGCAUUAGGAUUUACUCUAUUCAAGAAAAUAUAUUUUUUUAGAAGCUUUACAUGAUGUCUAGAACAUGGAAUUACGUUACCUGUACAUAUGUUAAAAUAAAAAUAAA